UCGUCUUCCUCGAGUUAGUGAGCGAGCUAAUAUGUACAGCAGAUAAGGCGAUUCACCCUUCAAGCUAAGACUUUUGAUACUGUUGAUAUACUCACUUUUAAAGUGAGGCUAACUGGGUUCCAGGCAAACUAGCUUUCCAUUAGCUUUACUGCUAACGUCAAUAACUUAAUAUUUCGACACCUGCUCGUAUGUAGUUUGAGAUGGUACAGAGAGAGCAAAAAGCAAUGACAACGCCCUCUGCUUCUUAAUAACAAUAACAACUUAGAUUUGUAUAGUGUAUUUCAAGGGACACAAAGAAGCUCAACUUGAGAGGGGGCAGAGAGAAAAAGAGACGACAACAACAAUACCUGAUAGGAGUUUAAUUAGUGACAAGACAACAAAAAGCAAUAACACUACCUGGUGGUGUGUAGCAUGUCACGGGACAGACAGAGGAAAUAUAACAAAAGUCAAACACCUUUUGGUACUCAACUUGAGACAACAGAAAAGAGACAACAAGAAGCAAUUAACAACACUGCUAGUGUGUAGUUAGAAAGGGGACAGACAUAGACAACAAAUAGCAAUAAUAAAAGACGACAAUAGCAGUAACAACGACCUUGUGGUACUUAAUUUGAGAGGGGAUCAACAGAAAAGAGACAACAAACAGCGAGAACAAAGUGACAAAGAAAAGAGAUGACAAAAAAGCGACAACACCUUAAGGCCAUGGCUACCGGUGCCAAACACGUCCCGGCGUUCAGCCCGGAGGAGGCCCACAAGAUUGUGGGUCGUCUACAGCAGCCCGCCGUCUUCUUGAACAUGACGCACGGCUGGCCCGUCCUCGGCUGGACCGCAGAGAACCUGCGCCGUCAUCUCGGCGACAGAGCUGUCCGAUUCCGCCUGGGGAGAAAAGAGGAGACGAACAUGCCUCAGUUUGAAACUCAGUGCUGCUAUGUGGAAGCCAGCAUGUGUCAGUUUCUCAGCUGGCUGAAAGGUGAGGCGGGGGAUGACGUGGGCUCUUUCUGUGACUACCCCCGCUCUCAGUUCUGGGCCUACGCCGACUACAAGUACAUUGCCAGGAUGUUUGCGCACCAGCCCGACAUGUUUGAGGAUAUAAAGUGGGAGGCGUUCGGGUUCGAGGGCCGUAACGGAAAAGAGAGCACGCUGUGGAUCGGCACAGAGGGCGCCAACACGCCGUGCCACCUGGACUCUUACGGAUGCAACCUGGUUCUGCAGGUACAAGGACGGAAGCGCUGGUACUUGUUCCCUCCGGAGGACACGUCCAAGCUGUACCCGAGCAGGAUCCCGUACGAGGAGUCCAGCGUGUUCAGCCGCGUCAACGUCCUGCGUCCCGACCUCGCCAGGUUUCCCGCUUUCCGGCACGCCGGCGCGCACGUCGUCACCCUGCUGCCCGGGCAGGUUCUGUUUGUGCCCAGACACUGGUGGCACUACGUGGAGUCUCUUGACGCUCUUACCGUUAGCGUAAACUCCUGGAUCGAGAUGGACGACGACCACGUGGUGCGUGUGGGCGAGGCGGUGACUAGGACGGUGAUGUGUGCCGUGAAGAGCGCGCAGGGCGACGACGAUGCCGUACCCUGGCUCAACCCCACCGAGGAGAGCAUGACAUCCCAUAAUGACAACAUGCGCUACAUCAACUUGGCUCUGCGGGCCUGCGCUCAGCAACAGAAGACCAAACCGACCUUGGAAGCCAAAGACGCUCCCCGCCCGAACAAGCGCGACUUGGCUGACCGCACCCCAAGCGACGUCCCCUUCGGACCGAGUCUACUUCCUGUCCCCCGCCUUCCCCGACCCCGCAAAGAUGGCGCCGUCGCUCCUUCUACGACAGACGAGGUGUCUGUCGGCACAGACGACCUUCUGGAGUGUCUGCUGCAUCCCGACGUGGUCGCCAUAGUUACCCAGCUCCUGUUGGACAAGCAGAGGAUGUCGCCAUCGCUCUGAGAAUAGACGAUCUCUGAUGAGGUCACAAGCAUCCGCUCACCUUUAUGCAAAUGAGGCGGCAUCAAAGUGAAUGAUGGCUUCUAAAUUAGUGCAUUGCCUCCAAUAAUCUAGUCAAGGCAGUUUGGGCGUCUUCGCGUUCUUCACCGUAAUCUCAUUUCAUGAUGUAAACAUGCCCUAUUGCCUAGCAACCACGACAAACAUGGCUGGUAGUCGUCAUAAUAAACACACAACAAGGUGUUAAAUCAUCAGUGAGCCUCAGCUACACUCAAGUUUACUUUAGACAUCACAGUCGGGCACCGUGCCGCCCAUUAGAAUACAGUGCCAUGAAAAAGUAUUUACAUUUGUGUGGUAAUCUUAAACAUAAGUGCGGAAACUAUGCGAAAAUAUACGAAUUUGAGAAGGGGCCCAAUACUUUUUCACGGUACUGUAGUUGUAAUUUUGGGGGGAUGAUGGCAGUGUG